AUGGGCGAGAAGGAAAACGUGGUUCAAAGUCCAGAAGAAAAAAUAAUCUCUUCGACACCUCUACCUGAGGUUAAAACUAUUUCUGGUACUAAUAUCAACAACUUGCUUUCUCCUCAAAUUGCCUCACUUCGUUUAAAACCCGUUCAGAGUACAGAUUCUCCACACCAUCCAUUAUUAAACUAUGACGAUGAAGAAAGUGAUAUGCCUAGAUUUUCUUCACAUCCAGUACCAGGUGGCUCAGUAGGUGGAUUAAUGCUCGUAAAACUCCGUGAAAUGAAUGUGGGCUUUUCGGAUAUUGUGCAAAUGUUGAUUGCAAAAAAGGUUGGAGACUGCAUGUCUUUUGGCUUUUGGUGGAAAGCCUUCACCUAUUGUGGUAUCUCAGUUUCAAGUUUUACAGCGACACUUUUUCUUCCUGCGUCUUCGGUUAUGCCUUUCGAAAAUGUUGACCGAACUUACCUAGAAGAUCAUAUUAUUUUUUCUCAAUCAACUGAAGAUGGGAUCAAAGUGGUAACUUUAAAUGGAGUAAGAGGUUUUAUACAACAGGAUGUCUUCAAAGCUAUUGGUUUAAUGCCUACGGAACAAGAAUUUGACAUAGACAAUCCCAAGAGUCGCAAAUCCAUAUUUGAUACUUUUUCUAAGCCUGCUGAUCUUUCUUUUGACUAUCCAACAAUUAAAAUUCUAAAUAAUAAUGCUGACAUUCUUUUACAUGGUAUGCCCAUUCAAACCAUAGUAAUAGAAUCACCUGUAAGAACAAAAGAAAUUUCAGAGCGUAUUGCUACGCGUACAGAGAUGGAGGAAAAGGUCAAAGGAUCAUAUUUACCCGAAGCAUUGUUAAAAGAAAUUGAAAAUUUUAUUAGAGAUUUUAUGAAAGAUCCCCCCAAAAAUGAAGAUGCUUCGUUUGAACAAAUCCAAGGAUUGUUUGAUCAUGUGCGCUGCGAGAUCGAAUGUCAAGUCGUAGAACUUACCGAAGUCAGUGAAAAUCGUAUAGAUGAAACAAUGAAUAUCGUCGAAAAUUAUGUUUGUAUGGCGCUUUACGAUAACAUUUUCAGUCCAAAAUGGUCAAAUGAUGUUGCUGAUGAUGAGGCACUUGGAUCAAAAAUUGCUGCAUUAAAUCUUUUAGAAUUAGGACUAUCAAAUCUCGGAGUUGAUAUUAAGUCUCAGCAACAGCAGGAAUUUAUUGAUCUGGCCAUACAAGUUGCAGGUGCAGAAUUGCAAAGCUUAGAACAAAAAAAGGCACCAUAUGAGAAGCUUAAUAGCCUCAUCCAUUGCCACGGAAUUGUAGUAGAGGCACUUGAGAAAAAAAUACAACCUCCUCAAGACUCUACUAAUAUUGAUCUUGCAAAUUAUAAGUCAGCACUUAAUCAAAGUUCAUAUUCGGUAUCUAACGACAUAUCACCUGCGUCUAUUCCUUUACCUCCUUCGCCUACGUUAUCUAAAUCAUCUGUUGUGCCUAUAACUCCGAUUUCGCCAAAAUUACCUAUGACACCGACUUUACCAACUUCACCAACAGAUGAAAAACACAGCACAGGUGAUCCUAAUGCAGACGCCAUAUUACCAUUAUUAAUUUUUAUUGUGGUUAAAUCAAAUCCAAAAAAAUUGAUUUCAAACUUAAGGUUCAUGAGAAGAUAUCGUGUAAAUAAUUUGUUGUGUGGAGAGGCAGCUUAUUGUCUUACCAAUAUUGAAGCAGCUGUGUUAUAUUUAGUAAAUGAAGAUUUUCCGGCUUUAGGACUGUUACCGGAUAAACCUUUAAGUAAUACGAAUCCUGGUUUGGAGCAAAGAGUUACCCGCAGAGUAGGACAAGACAUUGUUGACGUUGCUGACACUGGCUUUAAAGUUAUUACAGGUGUUAUGGACAGUUCAGUUAAAAUGUUUGGAAGGCUUAUUGGUUAUGAAAACACUUCCAUUGGAACGAAUUCUCCAUCAAUCGCGGGAAAAGGUAAAGAAAGCCCAAUUAUACCAGAAAAGAACGAUGUAAAUGAUAAUAAAAUGAAUUCUGGUAUGCCGGAAGAGGGACCAUCGAAAGAACUUGCAGAAAUAAACGCUGUAAAGUAUAACAUACGUAGCGAAGAAAAUUCAUCUUCGAAUAACAACCAAUAUAAAAAUUUUCAGUUAGAUGAAAAUAAAUCCUUAACGGGUCGAUUACUUCCUUUUAACGUAUUACCACGUUUCAACAGUGACCGUAAUCAUAUAGACGAGGAGGAAAAUAAAAGAUCAAUGGUGAAUGAACCUGUAAAUAAGAUAUCUCCUCCUAUUCAAAAAUUUUUAGAUUGUUCAAUUGAAGAAUUUCGCGUUAAUGAUGUACCAGAACUCUUGGAAGAUUAUAAAAGGUUGGCAAAUGCUGUUCGUGAUCUCGGAUUUUUCUCUUAG